AUGGCGAGAGCUAAUCAAGGGGAAAUCGAGACUUUCAUGAGCAUCACCGGCGUUUCUGAGGCCACUGCUGUUCAGAAACUUGAGGAGCAUCAUGGCAACCUCAACGAAGCUGUUAAUGCACAUUUCAGUGCCAGGGACAGAAACAUAACAAAUCAGGCAUCUUCUGUGGCUCCUCAUGACGAUGAUAUGGACAUUGAUGAUCCAAUCCAAGUUGAAUCCCAUAUACCUCCUUUCUCGUUGCCACUGUCCACUAGAGAUGCGAAUACUUUUUCUCUACUUGGUCCCAACUUUACCGGAAGUAUAUUUGAUAGGGGAACUGAUUUUACAAGUGGUUCACCUUCUGUGUCACAUCCAAGAGAAGUGAGGCGGAUUCCUAUUGAAGUGAAAGAUGGGAAUGGACCAUUGGGUGAUUCUGGUAGUGCUCCUACUAUUGAAGAUGUCACUGAAAGUGCCCGAGAUCAUGGUCCAGAAACCCAAGGGACUGUCAUAAUUGACGAUGACGAAGUCAAUGUUCCUAAUGGUCCUAUGAGUGCUCCCACUAUUGUUGAUGAGGCCGACUACAAUAAGGAUAUAGAAGAAGAAAUGGUUCGGGCAGCUAUCGAGGCUUCUAAGCAGGAUGCUGCUAUGUCAGAGCAGCAACUUGCCAAUUACAGUGAUCUUAGGGAUUCCAUGCCUCAGCCAAGGCAGUCGCAUCCAGAAGAUGCCGAAUUUGAUCAUGCGGUUUCAUCAUCGCUGAAGACAGCAGAGCAAGAGAAAGCAUUGCAGGAAGGAAAAAUUGGAGCAUUAGACCUGGAAGCUGAGAAAUCAACUGAGAUGGAGGAGCUGGGGAAAAUAAAAUCCUCAAGUGGAAGGCAAUCUGGAUUGGAGAUUGGAAGCUCUUCCAUCCAAAAUGAAGCAGAUGUAGAAGAGCAGCCGCUAGUUAAGCAAAGGCAUAUGUCCUCAGAUUCUUUUGAAGGAGUUGAGGUUACCCCACCACCAAGUCAGCAUGAUAAUCUUCAUCAGUCGCAGCAGAAUGGAAGUGUCUUUCCCUCUGAUGAGUGGGGUGGCAUCUCAUCGGAGGAGCAUGAUGAAGCUGUAAUGCUUGAGGCUGCAAUGUUUGGUGGGAUUCCUGAAGAGAGUGGGUAUAACUUCCGUUAUUCACCUCAUGAGCUCAUACAUAAUGAUUUCGAUAGAAGUAUGGGUCUUCACCGAAGGAAUAUACCUCGUCCUCCCUCACCCUCUCUUACUGCUCAGCGGUUGAUUCGAGAACAACAGGACGACGAAUUUCUUGCUGCAUUACAAGCUGACAGAGAGAAGGAAUUGAAGGCCAAGGAAGAUGCUGAAGCUGUUAUUGCAGAAGAGAGACACAAAGAGGAGGAAAUGCAUAGGAGACUGGAAGAGGAACGGGAACUCGAGAGACAAUUAGCUGAAAAAGAAGCUUCCCUUCCUCUGGAACCAACUCCAGAUGAUGACAAUGCUGUUACCCUUCUUGUGAGGAUGCCCGAUGGCAGUCGGAUGGGUCGGCGUUUUCUUAAGUCAGACAAUCUGCAGUAUCUUUUUGACUUCAUUGAUGUUGGCAGAGUGGUCAAGCCUGGUACUUACAGAUUGGAACUCGAGAGACAAUUAGCUGAAAAAGAAGCUUCCCUUCCUCUGGAACCAACUCCAGAUGAUGACAAACUGGAACCAACUCCAGAUGAUGACAGUGCUGUUACCCUUCUUGUGAGGAUGCCCGAUGGCAGUCGGAUGGGUCGGCGUUUUCUUAAGUCAGACAAUCUGCAGUAUCUUUUUGACUUCAUUGAUGUUGGCAGAGUGGUCAAGCCUGGUACUUACAGAUUGGUAAGGCCAUAUCCUCGGCGUGCUUUUACUGUUGGCGACAAUACCUCUACUAUGAAUGAACUGGGCUUGACCAGCAAACAAGAAGCCUUGUUGGAAUUCGUGAUGCCAUGGGCAAUUCGUUUUAUUGGCCGGACCAGUCAUUGCCACGAAUUGCUUCAUGGUUGGGCUAGGCCUGAAAAUCAUAAAGGGAGUAUGGUCAUAUUUUCAGCCUGA